AUGGUAUCCUGUUCACUGCUGAUGUUGCUUAACAGAACUGCUCUCGCUCUUGCUGCAUCGCAAAUCGUUUUGCCUCCGCCGCCUCCUGCUAAUCCAUUGCUCGAGCCUCCACCUAAAUUCACCGUUACUGUGAAGAAAGGUAAGGGCAGUGGGACCAAGGGGAAGAUGCGUCCUAGCCAAACCAAAAACGGACGGAACCUGUGUGCCUUACGUUGGUUGAAACAAACCAAGUUGAACGGCACGACUGAGGAGUUCAAUGCCUACUACAGCUCCCUCACGUCGACACAACGCACGGAAUAUGACCAAGACGCGGUGAAUUUAGUGGCAAGCAACAUGUGGAACAAGACUGUGUGCGAUGGCAAUAUACACUAG